CGGUCGUCCGUCGAGCGUUUGGUGGAGGUAAUGCUGACGCUGAUCUAGCAGGUCAUUAUGGGGGUAACCACAGAUCGCUCUCCCUCACGCCCGGUGCUCUGGGGGCCAAGUACGGCAGUGACCCCAAACGAUCAUCUAUGCACAGCCGGGGAUCAACGUCCAGUCUGAUAGAACAAGGUAGCAUUGGCACCACUACACCUCGGUCAACACCCGUGACGCCAAGGUCAGGCACCGCCACGCCCCUCAAGUACAAGAAGGGCGAGGUAGUUACGACCCCAAACGGCAUCAGGAAGAAGUUCAACGGCAAACAGUGGCGACGCCUGUGUGGGAAGGAAGGGUGCAGCAAGGAGAGCCAACGUCAGGGAUACUGCUCCCGCCACUUGUCCAUGUACGGCAAGAGGCUACGCAGCUCUUCGAUUACGUUCAGUGCCGGGAAGGACACCCCGAGUGUUGAAGGUAACUGGGAGGAGAUGUCCUGUGAUUCGGACACCUCGCCCAACUUCCCUCUGACGGCACCACGGUCACAGGACGAGACUGAGGCUGCUAACAUGUUGAUGACGCUACAUAACUCGUCACGUUCGACCACCCCGGCGGGCUGCUUCUCCCCGACCUCCAUCUCCCCGAGGGCCAUACAGAGCCCAGUGACCGUGGGACCUAAAGGCAAUGUGUUCAUGCCCAUCUCCCAGCCAACGUCUAUCACCUCCCCCACCGGCCGUCAAUGGUUAUCUUCUCAUGAUGCUUCCAGUAGACACCCGGUCCCUUCACUACCACACCGCCCUAUAAUAAGACCUGAGUUGCUUCGUCCGGUGACCAAACUGCCAUCAACAGUGACCCAGGUGACCAGUGUGAUCCGGUCAUCCCCGAGCCACACUGGGAGCCUCGCCACCAAGCCUCAAGUGAGCCUCUCUCCCGCGGCCCUCCUCCACCAGGCUCCCGAGUCUGUCAUACAGGAGAGAAGAGAGUUGCUCGCUCUAAACCCUCGUCUGGCCGGCAUCAACAACGGCCAGAACCAGCAGGGCCAUCCCUCCAGGGUGGUGGCCCGGCCCGCGGUGGCCAUCCUGGAGAAGGUUCUCACCUCUGUACCUAACACGGCCAAAGAUGAUCCACAGCCUCAAGAUCUAUCCAAUAGAUUUCGCCCCAUAGAUAGAUCGGGGUUUAGCGGCGGCCGGUCCGACGCGGCCGACGGUAAGCCGGUCCACGACGGCCCGGAGAGAGCGGCGGGGAGCGGCGGAGAGCAGGAGGGCCUACUGCUGCGUGCCAACGACGGCGCCGCCAGACUGCCGUGCGUCUCCAAACAGGAACCGGCCGACGACGCGACGACUCGGGUCAAGACGGAGGCGACGCCCCUCGCCACCACGGCCUUCGUCACGGGGACCGGCGCCGUCAUAAUAACCACCCAGCCGAGGUGUCACGUCACGGAGCACGGGGCGGUCCAGCAGCCGUCGGGGGAGGAGGAAGGAGGCGGGGCGGGGUGGGAACAACACCACCACCAGCCAACUUAUCACUGGAGUCAGCUCGUUCCUCUCAUAACGACCCCAACCAGAACCGUCUCGAACCAGCAGCAACAACAACAGCCAAAAAACGAGAACGACGUUAAGACCGCCACCAACGGGGAGGUCCUACCCAAUGGCCGAGGACAUGCGGGCGGCGACGGCACCAAGGUAGAGGGCGGACAGUGCCGUCGAGAGUCGUGCGGCCAGGAGGUGGACUUAGACUACUCGGCCGAUGAUGACGAUGUGUUUGUCAGUGAUCUGGACACUGGCACCAGCACCAACAAGAGGAGAACUCAGUCACUGGGGUCCUUCUCUGGCAAGGAGGAACCCAAGAGCCCUAGGAAGAGUAAAGGAGACAAGGAGCACAUCAGACGACCAAUGAAUGCCUUCAUGAUCUUCAGCAAGAGACAUCGACCCCUCGUACACCAGCGGUAUCCCAACCAAGACAACCGGACGGUCUCCAAGAUCCUGGGAGAGUGGUGGUACGCUCUGGGCCCCGAUGAGAAGCAAAAGUACCACAGUCUGGCCUCUGAAAUCAAGGAGCAUCACUACAGGGCCCACCCAGACUGGAAGUGGUGCAGUAAAGACCGAAGAAAAUCAUCGACCAGCUCCAACAAGGGUGAUGGACCGCCCUACACCCCUGGGGGAGGGCAGAGUCUGGACAGCAUGCCUCUCACCCCUGGCGGCCCAAAUAGCGGUCCACUCCUCACCCCGGGCGGCCCAAAUAGCUCCACGCAGGACGCCGCGGCCGGUACUCACUCGGCCACUAGGGUGAUGCAAGUGUCUGCGGCCAGUACACACGUGACUUUAACACAUCCGACUAUAACUGCUAAUAAUAUGGUGAAUAAACAGUUUGUGGUACCAAGUAAUGGGCCUCACACUGGACCGAGGAGAGACACUGUGGGGUCUGAAGUGUCUGACGAUGACUCCAAGAUGGUUAUAUGUGAAGAACUGGUCACUGACUCCCAUAGAGGUGGUUCACAUAUUAAACAAGACUGCACCAGUGAUAUAGACUUGGCCUGUAAGGAACAUGUCGGGGACUCUGACUCGGAGACACAGAGCGACACAGAGGUCAACGAACGCCUCAGACGACCUUUUUCUCCCACCCACGGAGGAGAGAUUAAGUACAAGCCCAAGCCCAUCAAGGCCAGACCGUCGCUGUCGACCGAGGAGGUGGUGACCUUGUAUGGGCCAACAGGCUCGGCACAGUUCGGGGCCGACCAGUUACAUGUGGCGGGCAAACCCUCGCCCAUACACCUGCCUUCCACACCUACCCUCCAGAUGCCCACCACAACCACACUACAGUCUACUGGCAGUGCCUUCAGGUCGAUGCCUCCAUCCCCCAAGGUGAGGAGCGACAACAACAACGUGAUGCAGCAGGAGGGAGAGAGUGCCGGGACAAACAUCAAGAUCAUCAGUAACGUUUCCUCUCCUGCCGGCCACAAGACGGUCAUGAAGACCAACCAGAUCAAGUCCUUCCACAACCUCACCGUCGCCACCCAGGAGAGGAAGCCGGUCGACGGGGGUCUACGGGCCGACACCAAGGCCCAGACCUUCCACACGGCCAUCGUCACCUCCGCCUCCGGCACCUCCACCACCUCCGUGUGCGCCCUCCCCAAGGCCGCCAUUCUCAUGUCUCCGGCUCACUACACUCUGCUGAACGCCGGGGUCAAGGGCGGGACCCUCGUGGCCCCCGGGGGCUCCUCUCCCAUGCACGUGACCAACGUGGUGGUCAAGACGACGCCGGCCGCCCCGGCGGGCAGCCAGCCGGGGACGAACAAGGGGGCUGGGUCGGGUCAGCCGACUCACGUGCAGUACCUGGUGCCGUCCGUGCUGCCCGACGGUAAGCUCAUACUGCCCAGCAACCUGCUGGUGUCCACGGACCCCUCCACCACCAAGCAGCUGACGGUGUCGUCGGGGAUGAGGAUGGUGUCGUCCACGACGGACGGGGUCAUCAAGCCCAUGACCGUGACCAAGACGACACAGGCCCAGGGCAUGGUGCUCAUCUCCAGCUCCUCCAGACAGGCCAUGGGUCAGGCUGUCUCUCUGGCUCACUCUCCUUACCAAACACUUCCUGCUGGUAGAGGGUGUGGUGGUACAGCUGCAGUAGUGACCAACUCUCCAGCUGCGGGUUCUCUGGCUGCCAUAACUCUUCCCAUGCAGCAGUUGUCUCCAUCUCAACAGCUUCAACAACAACAGCAACAACAAGUACAACAACAGCAGCAGCAGCAGCAGCAGCAGCAGCAGCAGCAGCAGCAGCAGCAACAGAAAGUUAAAGCCCAGGUUGCUAGUAUACCUGUAGCAGUGCCAGGAGGAAGACCUUUAGACGACGAAGAAUUAGACGACAAACCAAAGUUUAUUUUGGCUCCUACGCCGGCACAGCUCGGCAAGGCCCCUAGACAAAAGCGACUCAACUCUUCAGGGCAAAUAUCAUCUAUAGGAGACACUGCACCACAGUUAUCUCCGGACGUAAAGAUGGCUCCUCCGCACCACCCCAGCGGAGACAGUAAGGUAUCUCCGGUGUUGAGUAAUGCUUCAGAGGGCGACUCAUCAGUACAGACGACCACCCAGCAGAUGGUCUCUGUUCCACCAUCACCUAGUGAGAAGAAGAGUUUCUUUAAGAAAAAUAUUGAGGAUGGCAUGGACAAGGUCCUUGAAGAGGUGAAUUUCGAGCAGAAGUUCGGAGCGCUGCCCGAGUUUAACCCUGACGAGGUCCAGUCCCCCAGUGUCAACGCUAGCACUGGGCCCUCCGUACCUUCCUCCCCGCGGACCUUUAUUACGUCUUACAGGAAAAAACGUAAACAUUCCAGUGGUGAAGAGUCAGGCUCAGAUACUCCCAUGAGUGUCACCCCUCACCAGACACCCUCACUGACACCCUCCUCCACACUGCAAGGAUCCAAGUUCUUUCCUCCUGAUUUCAACCCAGAGACUUUCAAGGUUGGUGAGUCUCGGGCGGACAAGUGCGAGAUAGAGUCACCUGCUGCAGGAGGCCGUUCACCCAAGACUCCCAGAGAUGCGGACAAGAGCCAUUCAUCCUUGAGGCACAUCCUGGAUCAGAGGCGCACCCUUGUGAUGCAGCUCUUUACUGAAUAUGGCUGGUUCCCAUCUGCCCAAGCCGUCGCAGCAUUCCAGUCUCGAUACUCGGACAUCUUCCCUACCAAGAACUGUCUGAUACUCAAGAUAAGAGAAGUACGUCAGAAGGUCCACCAGAACACACCCAACACACCUGGUGUACCGAGCAGUCCUAACCCGGCCACACACACUGGGUCCUCCUUACAACACCCCCACAACAACCACCACAAAUUUCUGGUUAACCAAAAAGAAUGUCGUGGCCGAACCAUCGUAAGUUAUUUACCUAUAGGCUGAACUACUGUGUCUGAGCUUAUUGGGUGUGUCUAAGCUUCCUGGGUGUGUCUAAGCUUCCUGGGUGUGUCUAAGCUUCCUGGGUGUGUCUAAGCUUCCUGGGUGUGUCUAAGCUUCCUGGGUGUGUCAGAGCUU